AUGCUCCGCCUCCUCAGCGCCCGACCCUCUGCCGCCCCUCAUCGGGAACUUAGCUCGUUCCGGAAGUAUACGUGCCCUAAGACCAAGAGAAGCAAUAAGACCCUAAGCAUUGCCACUCUGGAAACAAAAAUCCAGAGUAAGAAUCCACUGAUUAGCAUCAUCAUGUGUUCCGCCUCUCCAGACAACUUUGUCCACGAGCCUAAAAUGGCACCAAGCAUCGAGAUACCUGCUGGCAAUAGCGUCAACGUUAGCAUUAUCGAUUGCACAGUCUCGCUCCGGGCACCCCUGGCGCUGUUUAUGGGUCCAGUCAUUCCGGGACUCGAAGUCAUGAGCGCUCCGUGCUUGUCCUUUCUCAUAGAACAUUCAGGUGGACGCAAGCUGCUUUUCGAUCUCGGCCUUCGAAAGGAUUGGCAGAAUCUCCCGCCCGCAGUUUUGGGCCUUGUUCAGCCACCGUGGAAGCUUGAAGUACAGAAGAAUGUUGCCGAGAUUCUUCAGGAGAAUGGGGUCGAUGUGGCCGGUGGUGCCAUUGACGGCAUAAUCUGGUCACAUUGGCAUUUCGAUCACGUUGGAGAUCCGUCCACAUUCCCCUCUUCUACUGACCUGAUUGUUGGACCUGGUGUGGUGGAUUACCUCCUUCCAGGCUACCCCGGGAAUCCCAAUGGUGUGCUUUCAGAAUCAGCCUUUGCUGGUCGGGAGACGAAGACGAUUGACUUCAAAGCGAAGGCAUUCAAAAUUGGGGCCUUCCCGGCUUUUGAUUUUUUUGGCGACGGCUCUUUUUACCUUCUCGACGUUCCAGGUCAUGCAAUCGGCCAUAUUUGUGGCCUAGCACGCACGACUUCCAAGGCUGAAGGGUCCAGCGGGGACACUUUCGUCUUUAUGGGCGCCGACACAGCCCACCAUACCGGCGCAUUCCGACCUACCGAGUACCUACCUCUGCCCAAGGAAAUAUCUCCAUCCCCUUGUGAGAGGGUCCAUCCGACUGUCUGUUCUGGUCACCUCUUUCAGGCGAUCCACCCGGAGCACAGAGGUGAUAAGCCGCACCUCAAUAUCGUUGAAGGCAUCCCAAACGAUACGCAACAGGCCAUUUCCAGCCUCAAAGACAUGCAAGAAUUCGAUGCUAUGGAGAAUAUUCUUGCCAUCAUCGCUCAUGACGCCAGCCUGCUCCGACCAGAAGCCGGUAUAGAAUGGUUUCCUCACGCAACUAUGAGGGACUGGAAGCAGAAAGACCUGGCGAGCAAGGCAAGAUGGGGCUUUCUGCGCGACUAUAGUCAUGCUGUUGAAAUUAACCAAGCUAAAUAA